CGGGCGGGGGCUGCUGGCGCCGCCCGGAGGUGGGGGAGGGGCCGGCGCCGGCCAUGGCGGCGGCGGGCGGCGCGGGCUGGCGGCUGCCGGGGCGGGUGCUGGAGCUAGUGUUCUCCUACCUGGAGCUGCGGGAGCUGCGCAGCUGCGCGCUGGUCUGCAAGCUGUGGCACCGCGUCCUGCACGGCGACGAGAACAGCGAGGUGUGGCGCAGCCUGGCCGCGCGCUGCCUGGCCGAGGAGGCGCUGCGCACCGACGUGCUCUGCAACGUGCCCACCUACAAGGGCAAGGUACGUGCCUUUCAUCAUGCUUUCAGCACCAAUGACUGCUCCAGGAACGUCUACAUCAAGAAGAAUGGGUUUACUUUGCACCGGAACCCCAUUGCUCAGAGCACCGAUGGGGCAAGGACCAAGAUUGGCUUCAGUGAGGGUCGUCAUGCAUGGGAGGUUUGGUGGGAAGGCCCUCUUGGCACGGUAGCUGUAAUUGGAAUUGCCACAAAACGGGCUCCCAUGCAAUGUCAGGGUUACGUGGCGCUGCUGGGCAGUGACGACCAGAGCUGGGGUUGGAACCUGGUGGACAAUAACUUGCUACAUAAUGGAGAGGUAAAUGGCAGCUUCCCACAGUGCAAUAAUGCACCAAAGUACCAGGAUAACUAUAUUCUACCUACUAGAUUGCCUCAUGCUGCAGUAUCAAUUAUGUGCAGUAUACUCCUUGUCUCAUUCUGUCAGAUAGGUGAGAGGAUUCGAGUCAUCUUAGACAUGGAAGACAAGACAUUAGCCUUUGAGCGCGGCUAUGAGUUCCUGGGAGUUGCAUUCAGAGGAUUGCCAAAGGUUUGCUUGUAUCCAGCAGUGUCAGCUGUGUAUGGCAAUACAGAGGUGACUUUGGUCUACUUAGGAAAGCCUCUAGAUGGAUGACAUUGAUUGGCUCUUUGGGACAUCUGGAUGUGGAUGAUCUGGAGGAGGAAUUUGCAUGUUGGUUAGAGGGAAACUCAAAUUUGAAUUAACGCAUGGAUGCAUAUCCAAGGAACAUCUAGGAAAAUAGUGGAUUGCUGCGGAGGACCAGCCAUACUGCAGGGAUUGUUACAUUUCCUCUUUCUACCAGGCCAGAAAAAUCCUCAGGGUUACAGUUGGUUGAGUGGGCAGUUGACACAUUCAUGUUGCAACAGGUUUCAUUGCUGAGAUGGUAGUGUGUGAUCUCAAAUACUUAAGGAAGAAUUUGAUAGAAGUGGUUGAGGAAAUUAACCUGAGAUUUGUAAGUAGCGUGUUUUGUGAAAGACUCCCAUUUUAAAACUGCUCGUUUGUUCCUUCCUUCCCUCCUUUGGGCCAGCGUGGGUACCAGAGGAGAAUUAAACUGGUUGGGUUUUAGUUGAAAUUUUUAACGUGCUGAGAAGCAUGGUCUGUCUGGACUACUUCUUUAGUAUAUAAUGAGAUAUAAAAUGUGUGCAGCUAUUUUUAAGUGUAUUUUAAAGGUUGUAUAUACAGAACAUGUAAAAAAAAAAAAAAAAAAAAACCUGCUAAAAACAAAACAAAGGGUUUGCUUUGUUCUAACUGGGAUAUCAUUAAAGGAAAAACCACUACAUGACAUCAGAAGAACUUCUGACAGGUGGAAGACCUACACACAAAAGUGUGUGUGUGUGUGUGUAUGUGUAUAUAUAUAUUUUUUUUUUAUUUUUUUUUUUUGUGUUGUAAAGCAUCUAGGAAUGCUCUUGUGGAGUAAGGUGCUACGUUAGUUCAUUUGUAUGUGGCUAAAAGUUUACAUGGCUUCAGCAGUCUUUAUUCUAUCUAUUAAAAAAGAAAACUCCCCAUGAAUUUUGUUUUGCCACAAAUACUGAUUCCUAUGAAAAAGGGAUGGCAAACCUGUUUGUUGUACUAUUUCUCUUGACAUAUAAAAAAUUAUCUUUAAGAGGUCUUACAUUUCCUACUGGACAUAAAAUGAGGCUUUCAGAGUAGUCUGAAAAAUAAUGUUGAACUUCUUGGGGCUAGAUUUUUAUUUUCUAUUUAAGGUGGUUAUUUAAGAGCUUAAUUCUUUAUUUUACUUUAUUUAAUUUGGUUUGAAAAGAAAACAACUCUAAAUAUUGAAGUCUGGGUUCUCCUUAUCUGCAGUCAAGACUAAAGUCUCACCUUUCUCUGGCAGUGGAACUAACUUGUCAGCAUUACACCAUCCUUUGUGGAAGCUGAGAAGGCUGUGAAGCCAAUCAGUUGUGCGCUAAAGAAGUACUUUCAGGUGAUUAUAGCAACUGCUUUCCCAAAAGGCUGAAAGCUCUGCAGAGAUCUAGGAAUCAGAACUCAUGGUAGAGGUGAUACCUUUCAUUAGACCAAUUAGAUUUUUGCCAAAGAAGUCUUUACUUGCAACUAGAGAAAAUCCUUUAAUCGCAAUUAAAUAAUUUUUUUUUUUUUUUAAAUCUAGUUGGUGUAAUAAAAGAGAUCGCCUCUACUACAAGUUUGGAUUCCUUUUGCCUCUAGACUGAUAUGGCUACAGCCUGGAUAUCUGCAGAGCUCUAAAAACUUUCCAACCUUAGAGUAGAAGGAGGCAGGAUUAGCCCCAAACCUUGGUUUCCCCUGUGGUCAUCUAUAUAUCUUGACCUUAAAGUCCUGAGGCUUGCCCUUGGUACUUAUCUCUUGUUUCCCUAGACCUAUUUGAACUUGCUCAGGAUUAUUGACAGAAUGCUUUGUAGUGAGGAAGAAGGAAACAUUUAUGCAGCCUCUUUGUUUAUCUCUGCUAGAAAAUUUAAAUCAUGAUCAUCUUAGAGACACCUUUGUAUGGGCAAGAGAAAUAUGUUUCUGAAGUUAUUGCUAAGAUUUUUUUUGUUUGUUUUUAACCUCAGAGGAAGCCAGGGAAGAUGGUACCUGUGGCUGACUAGGAUGUUUGGCGUGCUACUGAAAAAAUGUGUUUGGAAUGUUUUUUACAUAAUAAGUAACAGGGAUCUGCCCUGGAUCCAAGUAUCUACAUUGUUGCCACUUGAAGGAUUUUAAAGUAUUUAUUUGUUUUGAGUGUUGUUUGUUACUUAAAGGGAAUAUCUGUUGCAGUCAGUUUUUCUUGUCUGUUUGUUAGAAAAUAAAAUCCACAUUAAGAAAAGUUUGAAACGUGGUACUGAAAACAACUGAAUUAAGUAAGGCUAGUAACUUGCAGAGAAAUCUGUUACAUUGACUGUCUAUACAGGCCUGUAAAGUAUCUCUCUAUAUCGCAGAAGCUUAUGAUGUAAAAUUAAACAAAAAAAUAAGGCUGUCCCAAAAUAAAAGAACAGUUUGUUAGAUGAAUAUUCUGUCAGUGUAACUGUGGAAGAUGUGGCUUCUGCACUCGUUUUAUGGAAUCCAAGUAGAUAUAGGUAAUCUUAAGAGCUUUCAGGGAAUUUUGUUUAUAAAUUAGGUUUCAUUUCCAUUUUUCAUGUAACUUUUUGCCCUAUAAUUUCCCUAUAAAUUAGAAAUGGUGGAAGCUGAACAUUCCUAAGGGGUGGGAGGGUAUUCACUUAUGUAAACUUAUAACUUAUUACUUGAGACCAAUACUAGCUGUACAAAAUAUUAAAAUAAACUCUGCUAUAACACAGAAGAAA